GCCAACCAUCACGCUCGCGAUUCUCAUUCUUUCUAAACAAAAACAAAAGCAAAAAGGUUGGGAAGAGGAGAAUUCAAAAGAAUUUUAUGUUAAAAGGUUUUAGUAAGUUAGAUUUGUGUUGCAGGAUAGAUUGGUUGGUGGGCAACAGAUUGCGGUUUUUUACAAACACUUUACUAUCAUAGCAGAAGGUGCCUGAACUGAAUAAUUAUACACUUUGGACAUACACGCUGAAUAAUGGCAGAUGGACUAUCAAGCUUUUGGGGUCCUGUCACUUCAACUGACUGGUGUGAAAAAAAUUAUGUCUACUCUUCUUAUAUGGCAGAGUUUUUCAACACUAUGUCAAAUGUACCAGGCAUUCUUUUGGCACUUAUUGGCCUUAUAAAUGCCUUGAGACAGCGGUUUGAGAAGAGGUUUAGUGUUCUUCACAUAUCUAAUAUGAUACUUGCCAUUGGGAGCAUGCUAUACCAUGCCACACUGCAACGUUUGCAACAGCAAGGUGAUGAAACACCUAUGGUGUGGGAAAUGCUCCUAUAUAUCUAUAUUCUCUACUCACCAGAUUGGCACUACAGGAGUACAAUGCCCACCUUCUUGUUUCUUUAUGGUGCUGCAUUUGCAAUUAUCCAUGCGCUGUUUCGUUUUGGAAUUGGCUUCAAGGUACAUUACAUCAUACUGUGUCUUCUUUGCAUCCCUCGGAUGUACAAGUACUACAUCCACACUGCAGAUGUAUCUGCAAAGCGGCUCAUGAAGCUAUAUGUAGGCACCAUAAUCCUAGCAAGUCUUUGCUGGCUAUUUGAUCGCAUGCUUUGUGAGAAGGUUUCUGUUUGGUACUUUAAUCCCCAAGGUCAUGCAUUGUGGCAUAUUUUCAUGGGGUUCAACUCAUAUUUUGCAAACACAUUCCUGAUGUUUUGUCGCGCUCAACAGCGGGGAUGGAAUCCAAAAGUUGUUCACUUAAUGGGAUGUCUCCCAUAUGUGAAGGUUGAAAAACCAAAAACGCAGUGAAUGAUCGUGGAACAAGCAAAUUUUAUCCUCUCCGACACAUUUUUUUGGUAGGUGUAAGGUUUUGGCAGGUCAUAAACAAUAGCAAUCAUAAUUCUUUUUCCCUUCUUUCCUAAAUGGAUGUAAAUGAUAAUUGGAUGUGAUAUGAUAUGUUGACAUAUUAGUUUAUUUUAACUGAAAGAUGUGUUUUCUUUU